AUGUCCGUCGGCGACACGCCAGAAGCGCGGCCGACGAUCGCCAGUCGGCGCCGCAAGCCGCUGGCAUCGCUCUCGGCACUGCUGCCCGAGUCGCUCGCCUCUCGCUCGCAGCGUCUGGCGCAUGCCUUCCCGCUCGCUUCGCCGCCCGUCGUCUCGCCGGCGCCGAGCUCGUCCAAGUCGCUCUUCGCCCUGCCGGCCGCGCUGCAGAGCCUCUCGCCGCGCGCCAGCACGUCGACGCCGCGCGAGCCGAUAGAUGAGGAGGACUUCAUCACCGACAUCUACGAUGCGCGCACGCUGUCGUCGUCCUUCGCCGUGCUGGCGUCUUCGGCAGGCGGAUCUGGCUCGCACGAACGGGACAUGUCGCAGUCGGUGCCCAGCACGGCGCUGCCUCGCUCGCCGCUCUCAGGCAGUGAGCGUGAGCUCGAAGAAGCAGCAGCGCGGCCGAUGACGGCCUCGCAGCGCUUCCGCUUCCGCAAGCGCAAGCUCGUCUCGGACAGUCGGCGGGUGGCACAGGAGCAGGAGAGUCGAGCUGCCGCACAGCGUGAAGCAGUGCCGCGCAGCUUCGCCUCGACGCUGGCCUUCUGGCGCAAGAGAGGCGAGCCGUCCGAGACUUGCACUUCGCCGCCGCUCUCGGGUUAUCUGGAGAGAACGCCGUCGCCGACGACGGCGCUCGGGCUUGACCUCACCCCAGAGGCACUCGCGGCCGUGGCAGCCGCCAGCACCUCGUCGCCCGUCGCAUACAUCUCCCACUCGGAGUCUGCCCAGAUGGAGCGAGCGGAUGCGGCUGCCCAAGCUGUCUACGAGCAGGACGAGGCGGCGCUGCGUGGGCUCGGCGUCACGCUGGCAGAGGGCCACGCGGCUUGCGUGCUCGAGACAACGCACUCGCCUGACUCGUCAGACGACGACGGCAUCAUGAGUAUGCCGCUGUCAACCUCGCUACCUGCUUCUCCGCCUCGUGCCGGACAUCGCAAGCGGGCAUCGGAGAGCUCCAUCCUCAACAUGUCCCCGCGCCGUUCCAAUGGCGCCUCAACGGCCACGGGUACGCUCGAGGCUGAGGCGAGCAUCGCGAUCAGCCUCGUCGAGGCAUUCUGCUCCACUACGCCCGUGCUUCCCUCCUCCAACGAGCAGCACACCAUCCGAGCUCGCACGGCCACGCGUCCGCAGCUUCAGCAAGCGCUCUCUGCGACUCCCGAGUACACUGCAGAGCCGCUCAGCAUCGAGGUGCCGCGCAGCGCGUCGGGCACAAACGGCAUCGGGCACAGUCCGCAGCACACUGGCUCACGACAGAGUCCCAUCUCGUCCUUCCGUCGAGCCAGCAGUCGCCUCUCCAUCAGCCCUUCGGACAGCCGCGCCAGCUCGACCAGCAUCAGUCCGGCAAGCCGCUUCUCAUUCCGGCGCAUCUCGCUCGGCUCUUCUCAGCAGCGCCACAGCCCAGGGCCCAGUCCUACCUCGCGCAAGAGUGGCAAGGCGCUGGCGGCAGAGGAGCAUGCGGCCGAGCAGGCCUUCGAGCGAGGCGAGACGCACGAAGAGGUGGGAGCACGUCGAGGGCCGCGACGCUCGCGUCCCACAAGCCUCAGUCUCGGUGCGGAGGCCAGACUCGCUGCCGACCAGGCUGCAGCACGGGCACCGCCUCGAGAGUCCCUGCCCACGAAUGUGGCGCAAGGCCCGAGGUCGUCGCUCUCCUCGCUGGUGCCGUGGAGUGCACACUACAGCGGCCCUGUCAGCCCAAGCACGGAGGGCUCCGUCGCUCGGGCAGCAGCGUUCCACUCCGUCAGCAGCCCGGGAUACGAGUUCCCGACGUCGGCGCCGUACAGCCCGAUCCCCGAGCUGUCGUCCUCGCCCGGACUCGACGAGCACCUCGACGCUGCAAGUCCCGAUAUGUCAGCGCCCGACUUCCUCUUCGCGAGCCAGGCGCUGCUGCAACAGCACGACGUGCUCCAGACGAAUGCACAGAUCGUCAGUGCCGGCUCGCCCAACGGCACGCGCCGUGGCAGCGCAUGGAGCAUCAUGCUGCCGCACUCGGCGGCGGGCAGCUGCGACACGAGCGUCGAGCUGCCGGCAGAUGAGACCGGCGAUGCAGACGCGGCAGGUCUGGCCAGGCUUCCAGACACGCCCGAGCUUCCGAUCGCUCGGCGCUACUCCACUAAGCGCACAUCUCUGCCUGCGACCGACGCAGCUUCGGCCAGCAGCAGACCCGCCUUGCAGCGCGCCAGCACAGCAUGGUAA